AUGGCACAACCAGUAAUUCCACCACAUCCGGCUGAUUUUGAUCCCCUCGAACUGGAUAUCCUCAAGCGAAGGGAGGCGUUUAGUCUUCCACCAAGAGAUGUCUGCGAUACACUGGUUAAGAUCUUCUUUGAGUGGAUAGCACCAAUCCUACCUGUGGUCAACAGACAAGAAUUUAUGCGCAAAUAUCACAGCCCGAAUGGAAUAGGUCCGCCGAUUCUGCUACUUCAGGCAAUUUUUAUGGUGGCUGCCAGGUUCACAACGAAUCAGCAGAGCUCAGAUGGCCGGAGUAUCUCCACCCCCCGCGUGUUCCACAAGAAGACGAAGGCGCUUUAUAAUGCGGGGUAUGAGAAGGACCCGGUGACUAUUCUACAGGCUGUGAUACUAUUGGGGAUGUACUGGGACGGUCCUGAUGACCUUACAGAGUGUGGUAUUUUCUACUGGAGUCGACUCGGGACUGCUUUGGCACAAGCAUAUGGAAUGAAUGAUAAGGAGAGAUAUACGGAUCUCAAUCAUUCAGAGAGAAGCCUGCGAAAACGGAUCUGGUGGACGCUAUAUACACGUGAUCGAUCUGUAGCAGCCGCUUUUGGCCGGCCACUACAUAUUGAUUUGAGUGAUUUCACCGUAGAUCCGCUGACUGAAAGUGACUUCAUCGAGCGCGAUGAGCGAUUGCAGAUCGAGUACCCAUGCGACAUGGCCCAAGCUCGAUUUUUCAUUGAAUAUGUCAAGCUCUGUCAGCUUAUGGACCUAGGGUUAUGUCUCAAGCUAUCGGCGAGAUCGACGCAAGACAAUAGACGCGCUGAAGCUGCUCAGUGCGAACUGGGAUUGAGUGAAUGGCUUGCGUCCUGUCCUUUAGAGCUGCAAUGGAGACAAUCCAGGCAUACGUUCUUGUCAGGUGUUUUAUUUUCUACAUUCUACACGAUUGUAUGCCAAUUGCAGCUGCUGCAGGAACCGGGAUCCUCUAAUAACGCCCAGAAAUCAUCAUUCCAUGCUGCAUCAACCGUCAUAUCAAUUCUAGAGACUCUAUACUCUCAUGGGCAACUCCAAUAUGCUCCUUCAUUCAUAAUCUGCCACGCGGUCGUCUCCUUCGUAACCUUACAACAUCAAAUGGAAGCAUCAAUGCCUUCACUCUUACACGCAAUUAGACUUAAACUCGAUGCGAACCUCGAAAUGCUAGAAGUGUUAUCGCAGACAUGGCCCAUCGCCAGGAUGAUGCUAGAGCUAUUCCAGGCCACCGCCACUUCAGCACAUUUUGACCGGCUGUUGAUAGCAGCAGUAGACGACUGUCGCCGUCGCUCUUUGGGGGAGAUAAAUGACACGAGCAACGGACCUCGAUCGUUUCAAAGAUCGAGACUUCGACAGGUCGUUCUCCCGCAGAGCAGGGUUGUACUUCAGCUUCUGGCAAGGACCAGUCAGAAUCGGAUGACUGCAAUUUCACGUCCAAUGCCGGAUGAUAUUUUAUCGGAUACAAAUGUUGAAAAUGAGUCGUAUGAAUUGCGCUCAGGGGAUAUUGACUUGAACGAGUCUCCAGAUGCAUACUCGUCAGCACUCGAAACAGACCCGUCUGCGAUUUUACAGAAUCUCCAGGAGGUUAUUCGUAUAGGCAGAUCGAACUUGUAUAACACGGAUUACUCGUUUUGA